GUCACUGUCCUCCAACCUACUCCCAGCUCAGCAUGGCCAGAUUUACACAGAGUGAAAGCAGAAGGCAUCAGCAGCAGCACCAUCCCCAGCCGCCUCAUCCCGCCCCCGUCAACCUGCUUCUACAGCAGCCGCUCUUACUUAUCCCCCAUCAGCAUCAGCUCGAUCACAGCCCUGUUCCGAAGCCCAUGAACGGACCCGAAACCGUCUCCAUGCACACGGACAGCGGCGCCAUGAAAGACCAGGACGCCAUCAAGCUCUUCAUUGGACAGAUACCGCGGAACCUUGAGGAAAAAGACCUCAAACCUCUCUUUGAGCAAUUUGGGAAAAUCCACGAAUUGUCUGUUCUGAAGGACCGAUACACAGGCAUGCAUAAAGGAUGUGCGUUUCUCACCUACUGUGCCAGGGAGUCUGCCAUCAAAGCCCAGAAUGCAUUGCAUGAGCAGAAAACCCUACCUGGGAUGACUCGUCCCAUCCAAGUGAAACCAGCUGACAGUGAGUGUCGUGGAGAGGACAGGAAGCUGUUUGUGGGGAUGCUGAAUAAGCAGCAGACUGAGGAGGACGUGUAUCGCCUCUUUGAGCCCUACGGUGCCAUCGAGGAGUGCACCGUGCUAAGAGGUCCUGACGGAAACAGCAAAGGUUGUGCGUUUGUGAAGUUCUCUACUCACUCUGAAGCUCAGUCUGCCAUCAGCUCCCUGCAUGGGAGUCAGACGAUGCCUGGAGCGUCAUCCAGCCUGGUGGUGAAGUUUGCAGACACAGACAAGGAGAGAACCCUACGGCGCAUGCAGCAGAUGGCUGGACAGUUUGGCAUGUUUAACCCCUCUGUCUCUCUACCCACGUUCACUAGCUACAGCAGCUACACACAUGCCCAGCAGCAGGCUGCGGUGAUGGCCGUGUCUCAGGGGGGCUACCUGGCCCCCAGCCUCUCCUUCCCCUCCGCCCAGCUCCACCAGGUGGGGGCGCUAACCAUGAAUGGCCUGCCGCACAACCCCCUCAACUCCGUGUCAGGUCUGAGCUCCCCUCCGUCCACCAUGCCCUCCUCCCUGCCCAGUCUGGUGACCCCCAUGAUGAACGGGUAUACGGGCCUCGCCCCCCAGGCUAACAUGCACCCUCUGGAGACCCUCUACACCAACGGCCUGCCCCCCUACUCCACCCAGAGCCCCACUUCUGCAGACACACUGCAACAAACCUUUACUGGGGUGCAGCAAUACACAGCCAUCUACCCAGCGACUACACUGACGCCUAUAGGUCAGUCUCUGGCACAGCACCCUCAGGUCAUUGGCCAACAACAGAGGGAAGGACCAGAGGGAUGUAACCUGUUCAUCUACCACCUGCCCCAGGAGUUUGGGGAUAACGAGCUGAUGCAGAUGUUCCUGCCUUUCGGCAAUGUCAUCUCCUCCAAGGUAUUCAUGGACAGAGCCACCAAUCAGAGCAAGUGUUUUGGCUUUGUGAGCUUUGAUAACCCGGGCAGUGCCCAGGCUGCCAUCCAGGCCAUGAAUGGUUUCCAGAUCGGCAUGAAGAGACUAAAGGUGCAGCUGAAACGUCCCAAAGACGCCUGCCGUCCCUACUGACACCCCCCAG